GGCCAGUUGAGGAGGCGCGAGUCUGGAGAGAGAGCGCGGAUGCUGAAGACGCAGUCAGUCUCACUCUCUGCGCCACACUCCCCCUGAAGCCACGGAGCGCGCUGGAGACAUUCUGCCAUGCGCUUUUACGCGUGGAAAUUGAGCCGAUUUUUACUCGCCUUCCAGCAAACAUUUUUCUAACUGACAAACGGAUCUUGAAAAGCCUUUCAAAAUGGAAAUAUUAACGAACAUUUCCGCGACUAAGAACGGCUCCGACUCCUUUGGAAGAAACGAAGAGGUCGCCAAAAUUGAAAUAACCGUUUUGAGCAUUACUUUCGUCGUUGCCGUUAUUGGCAACCUCAGUGUGCUGAUAGCCAUAAACAACACAAAGAAAAAGACCUCCAGAAUGCACCUUUUUAUCAAACACCUGAGCUUGGCCGACUUGGUGGUCGCCUUUUUCCAGGUUUUGCCACAACUCUGCUGGGAGAUAACUUUCCGUUUUUACGGGCCCGAUUUCCUCUGUAGGAUUGUAAAGCAUCUUCAGGUGAUGGGGAUGUUCGCGUCCACGUACAUGAUGGUCAUGAUGACCAUGGACCGAUACAUCGCGAUCUGCCACCCGCUGAAGACCCUCCAACAGCCUACUCGCAGGUCCUACAUCAUGAUCAUCACCACCUGGGUCGGCAGCCUCAUACUCAGCACCCCGCAGUACUUCAUCUUCUCCCUGAGUGAAAUCAAGAACGGCUCCGACGUCUAUGACUGCUGGGGUCACUUCAUCCAGCCGUGGGGUGUCAAGACCUACAUCACCUGGAUCACCGUGGGCAUCUUUUUGAUCCCCGUUUCUGUUCUGAUGGUCUGCUACGGAUUCAUCUGCCACAGCAUCUGGAAAAACAUCAAAUACAAAACGAGAAAACCCGGCGCGUCGGACUCCGCGAAUAAAAAGGGUCUGAUAGGCAAGAACUCAGUGAGCAGUGUUACCACGAUAUCUCGGGCCAAGCUGAGGACGGUCAAAAUGACUUUUGUUAUUGUUUUGGCGUAUAUAUUGUGUUGGACGCCGUUCUUCACGGUGCAGAUGUGGUCGGUGUGGGAUGACAACUUCUCCUGGGACGAUUCGGAGAACACGGCGGUGACCCUCUCGGCUCUUCUGGCGAGCCUCAACAGCUGCUGUAACCCCUGGAUCUACAUGGUCUUCAGCGGCCACCUCCUGCAGGACUUCGCCGUCUGCUUCCCCUGCUGCCACAAGAUCCAGCAGAAGUUUAAGAAGGAGGACUCGGACAGCAGCAUCAGGAGAACCACGCUCCUGACCAAGAUCAGCAACCGCAGCCCCACGUGCAGCUCCUCGGGCAUGUGGAGAGAGCCCCCCGAACAGCACGACCACUCGCCCAAAUCAGACCGCUCCAUACCACUCUACCCUCAGCCCUGCUCAUCAUGACCGCACCGCCGGACGCACUUUAACUUUGUAAUCACAGAGGCACAUCUUGUCACCAGGCUAGACGGGCAGCCGCCUGGGGCCCCCGAGCCCCUGGAUGGUGAUUGAGAAUAACAGCUCACACGUCACUACAGUAGUGGCAAAUUUCUUUGACGUUUUGCUUGGGGCCCCAGCUGAACCUAGAAGAGUCGCCUCUGUUUGUAAUUUAUUCACUUUCGACAACACCAGAGUGGACUGGACGAGGACCAGGUACUGCAACUUGAAUGUGACCUUGCAAUGAAUGUGUCCGUGAAAAAAAGGAAAAGAAGGAGAAGAGGAAAACAACAAGAAGGGCAGUGCCCUUGACAUUCAGGAGUGGAUGUGUCCUGUCUAAACUAAGCAGCGUGUUUUUAAAGGAGACUGAGAGACUGUGUUGAGGUUGGAAAUGACCCGAUCUGUGUUGCUCAGAGAGAGAGAGAGAGAGAGAGAGAGAGAGAGAGAGAGAGAGAGGGAGAGACAGAGAGGAAAAGAGGGAGAGGGAGAGACAGAGAGA